AUGGUCGCCGUGGCACCCACUGUUCUCAUAUUUGCAUUGAUUGUCGUCUUGCUCGUUCGAAGCGUGCGACAACACCAAGCUCUCAAAGAUUUCGGCGGCCACUGGCUAGCAGGAUGGUCUCGACUAUGGCUUUUGAAAACGCAAGGCAGCGGUGAGAUGAACAGGCGGUUCACUGAAAUCAACAACAAGUAUGGUACGUACAUGUGCUUAUCCAAGCCACCUCCAACCCACGUUUUGUUCGGCCCGAGUCUACGGAACGCUCGUCAAGGAUCUGACUUGAGGCUUCUGGUUACACCAACGGCCUGAUCCCGAUCUGAUCGGCUGGGUAGUCACAUGCCAUGAUACCUCUGGUCGAGGCCUUUCCGUGGACCCUGUUUCGGAUGUCAUUGCACCUUGACUGUACCACCUGGAAUGGCGGCUCACACGCUUGAUAGGUUCGACGGCGCGAAUCGCACCUGGAAUGCUCAUCACCUCUGACCCAGAGCUGUUCCGUCGCAUGAACGCUGUACGGUCGCCGUUCACACGCGGUCCCUGGUAUGCAGCAUUGAAACUCCACCCGGAGCGGGACAACAUCACAUCUUACGUGGACGAGCGCAAACAUGCCGAUAUUCGGAGUCGUAUGGCCCCGGGCUAUUCGGGAAAGGAGAACUUGACCCUCGAGGAGGAUGUGGAUGUCACUCUGCUCCAAAUGCUGGAGCUCGUAAAGGAAAAGUACUUGAAUCGACCAGACCAGGGUGUCUUUCGCAAGGUCGACCUCAGCCGGGUGACCUCUUACUUCACUCUAGAUGUCAUCUCCAAGGUCGCAUUUGGUCAGCCGUUCGGCUUUCUCGACAACGAUGACGAUCCGUUCGGCUACAUUGAGAAUCUCAAGUCGUUCCUCCCAGCCGUUAUCGUAUUCGGCGUGUACACGGAGCUCACUAACGUGCUUAAGAUACCGUUGCUGAAGUCUGCGUUGCCAAAGUCGACUGAUAAACGCGGACUGGGGCGAGUGAUGGGAUUCGCUGCGGAUCGCGUGAGAGAGCGGUUCGGCAAUAAGCCUGUCUCGAGACCUGAUAUGCUUCAAGCCUUCAUCAACAAGGGCCUCACUCAGGCUGAACUGGAGAGCGAGACUCUCACUCAAAUCACGGCAGGGUCAGACAGCACGGCGUCCUCUCUCCGCCUAAUUCUGCACUUCGUAUCAACCAACCCACCGGUCUUAGAGCGUCUCCUGGCUGAAGCGAAGGCCGGCAUCGAAGGUGGACGCAUCCACCGGCCCGUGAUCAGAGACGCCGAAGCGAGAAAGCUACCAUACUUGCAGGCGUGCAUCAAGGAGGGACUUCGAGUCUAUCCGCCCGUCACGGGUCUUCUUGCGAAGCGCGUGCCGGAGGGUGGCGCCAAGAUCGAAGUCGAUGGCGUGGAGAAAUUCGCUCCGGGCGGUACGCAGAUCGGCUGGAACAGUUGGGGCAUGAUGCGACAGGAGGGCAUUUUUGGGCCGGACGUUGAAAUCUACCGACCGGAGCGCUGGCUGCCACGGGACACCAGCGAGAAGGAACGGGACCGCAUCAGACGAAUGACGGAUACCGUUUCGUUGGCAUUCGGCUACGGCAGAUUUGGUUGCCUUGGGCGUGGCGUCGCGACAAUGGAGCUGAACAAGGCUAUCAUCGAGGUGAGUAGUGCUAUCUACAAUGGCAGAACUUUGAACUAACGCACGAAAUAGACCUUGCUACGCUUCGACCUGCAGCCUUGUAGCCUCGCCAAGCCAUUCGACGAAAGUGUUGUCGGUUUCUACAUUCACGACAACAUGAAUUUCGUUGUCAGUGAGCGCAGAGAAGAUGCCGCCCGAGGCUUCGAGACCGACACGGCCUUUGAUGCUGGCGCCAUUGCUGGCGCCUAUGAAUCUUGA